AACAACAUGGAUAUUAAAAAUGCAACAUCACUGACAAAGUUUGUUCUCACAGGCCUUACAUAUCAACCAGAGUGGCAUAUUCACCUGUUCCUGAUGUUCUUGAUGAUAUACCUCAUCACCAUCAUGGGAAACCUUGGGCUAAUUGCUCUCAUCUGCAAUGACCCUCAACUUCACAUUCCCAUGUACUUAUUCCUUGGUAGUUUGGCCUUUGUGGAUGCUUGCAUAUCCUCCACAGUGACCCCCAAGAUGCUGGUCAAUUUCCUAGCCAAAAGUAAGAUGAUAUCUCUCUCUGAAUGCAUAACACAAUUAUUUUCCUUUGCAUUCAGUGCAACCACAGAAUGUUUUCUCUUGGCAACAAUGGCAUAUGAUCGCUAUGCUGCCAUAUGCAAACCAUUACUUUAUCCAGUGAUUAUGACCAAUAGACUAUGCAUUCGACUAUUAGUUUUAGCAUUUGUAGGUGGCUUUAUUCAUUCCAUAAUUCAUAUAGGUUUUUUAUUCAGAUUAACCUUUUGUAAGUCUAACAUAAUACAUCACUUUUACUGUGACAUCAUGCCAUUGUUUAAGAUUUCUUGUACUGACCCUUCACUCAAUGUUCUGAUGGUUUUUAUCUUCUCUGGGUCAAUACAAGUGUUCACCGUUCUUACUGUUUUUGUCUCUUAUACACUUGUUCUCUUUACAAUCUUAAAAAAGAAGUCUGUACAAGGCAUAAAGAAAACCUUCUCCACCUGUGGAGCCCACCUCCUAUCUGUCUCUUUAUACUAUGGGCCUCUUCUCUUCAUGUAUGUGCGCCCUGGAUCUGCACAAGAAGAUGAUCAAGAUAUGGUGGACUCCCUAUUUUACACUGUUGUAAUUCCUUUCUUAAAUCCAAUUAUCUACAGCCUGAGAAAUAAGACAGUCAAAGAUUCACUGACAAAAGUGUUAAAGAGAAAUGUUUAGAUCUCAU